AUAACUUCCUCCAGAAUGCAUCCAUUGCAAUGAACAUGAUUUUAGUCUGUCUCACUCCCCUCCUUCCCUCGCCGUCAUUUUCGAGAAUUCCGCCUCCAGCCCAGCCCUGCUUACCGAAGGGCUACUGCCGACCAGCGAGUCUUUUGAAUGUGCAAGUUAGUAGGCGUUCGGUGGCUUGACACGCGUAGUCGUUACCAGCUGCAAAGUAACGCUGCUGGGUGUCGUGAGGACAACUACCAGUUGUCGUAGUCCUUAACUCUGGCAGACAUGCGCGGCGUCCGUAUCAUUGAGCAGCAGCAGCAACCGCAGCCCGAUGAUAUAUUGUAGUCGUGCGCCCUGUCCUCCAUUCGUUCCGGACCGCGGCGAGCUUGUGUUGCAUCGUCCCCAUUCGCUCAUUAUCGUUGCUCGCCCGCCGUGCGCCGAUCUUGAGAGUCAUGCGACGUUAUCGUUCUCGCUUAUUAUCUCUCAUUCGCCACGAAGUCAAUAGUUCCUUCCGAUCACGCUUCUCCUUGAAUCUUGUUGCCAUGGGAUAAAAGCCGCGAUUCGAGACUUCUCAAAACCCGCAUCAUCUCUCAUCAACCACGAGUCGAUAGUUUCGUCUGAUCGCGCGGCGUCUCCUUCAACUUGCAUCCUGAUGCCAUGGACGGGCUCCCAUCGCAGUCGUGGGAGUGGGUCGACGAUUAUGACAUUGGCCUUCUCUUUCCGAAGCAGGAAAUCGGCUCGGAAUCUCCUAGCGCCGGCACAGCCGACGGCGUUAACCCCGCAUCCGUCGCCGCCGCCGCCGCGGCCGCCGCCGUCCGCGCGAAAGAGCACGCGGGGGAUGGGCGUUUCAUGAUGGAUUGGACGCCAUGCUGUCGGGAGGUUUCAGCGACAGAGCAAGCACCAACGGAUGAUGAUACUAUGCUGCUGCCAUUCCGACUUCAAGAUGAAGUAACGCCCGCAGCGGUGCUGCUGCCAGUGGAAACCGGCGGGUUUCGCCGUCCGUCUCCAGCGGCGGACUUCCCCUUUCCAUCUCCACCGCUUGUACAGCCAACAGUGCUGGACAGGUUUCGCCGUCCGCCUCCACUCACCAUCUCGGAACAAGAAGCGGCGGCCUUGGGAUCAGCGCGGCGCCGCUGCGACUGCGAGCAAUAUCCGUCGCCGUUUGCUUUUGAGACGUCGCAAGAUCCGUCGCCCUCCGGAGGAAGCCGCCAUUUUCCCAGCUCCGCUGGUUCGGGCUCCAGCCCUGCAGGUUCGGGACCUAGCCCCGUUGGUUCGGGUCCAAGCCCUGUAGCAUCGUCGACGGCGUCGCAUGCGGCAGAUCAAGCAGCAGUAGCGGCAGACGCGGCGGCGCCGGUCGAGGGUUUACCUGAAACCGUACGGUUUCCCAAGUCACAAAGCUUGAAACUAACGGCCCACCAAGCCAAGUCCCUCGCCCGAUCCAGGCUGAGGAGAUCCAACGCCGCUGCGUCUGCUCCCGCCGCUGCCACCACAGCCGGCAUCCAGCGAGUUGCCGCCAUAACGGGUGCUGCGAGUGCAGGCAAUAACCGGCACUUAUUUCCGUCCUCGGCUUCUGCUGGAGCAGCCAUGGACUCGCCAACUUCGCCCAUACGCCCAACUUCGCCCCCGCCCUCUUCCCCCCAACCAUCAACGCUCAGCGCCCCUGCCGCCAUUGUUGCUGCUGCUGCUAUCUCCAGUGCCUUCGCUGCUGGAAAUGCUGCUGCUGCCACCGGUGCUGUAACACCAGCGGCGGAAGCAAACCUGUCUGGCCCUUACCACACCCUACCCUCGCCAAAGCUCCAGGUUUCUCGAACCCGAACCUGUAAGCGAGGCUUGGAGACCAUUGCUCAAGGCUGCGACGACGGCAGCAGCAGCCCCAGCACCGGGCGGCAGAGUGGUGGCAGUGCGGGUAACAAUGGAAGGGAGAGUGGGCGACAGAAUGGGCAGCAGAGUGGGCGGCAGAGUGGGCGGCAGAGUGGGCAGCAGAGUGGGCGGCAGAGUGGGCAGCAGAGUGAGAGGCAGAGUGGGCAGCAGAGUGGCACUGGCGGUCGCAGCGGGCAGCAGAGGUACCACCGGCUCCCUGUAGACUUGCCGGACGACGGGUACGACUGGUGCAAGUACGGACAAAAGCCGCUAGUGGUGGAUUCGUGCUGCAUCCGAGCCUACUACCGCUGCCUCCUUGGGGCUCCCCGCCAGGCGUCCACCCACCGGGACCUGGAACCCUGCCCGGCUAAGAAAAUGGUCGACUGGAGAAUCACCCCGGGUGUUCUUACCUACGCUGCUGCCCAGGCGUCCAGUAGUGGACGGCUGGAAUCCGGGGAACUGAAAGGCGCGAGUCGACCAUCUGCCUCCGCUACUGUUCCUCGCGCCACUGGUGCUUCCCCUGCUGGUGCUUCCCCCACUGCUAGCACCGCUCCCACCGCUGGUAUCUCAUCAGCGGCCCCCAUAUCCCCGAUAAUAAGCUAUAUCAAUGAGCAUAACCAUGACGCACCCCAUCCCCCACACUCCCGCCCGCCCACCUCCCUCCGCCUGCACAUCCCCCUCACAGGCCUCCCCACUUCCGUUACAGGCACGCUGGUCCCUGGAGCUGCUACACCUCACCCCAACACUAUGGAUACAGCUCAACCUGAGAAUACCCCUGUGGGGCUUCAGUCGAGGCCGCGAGAGGCUCUUGUAACAGAGAGCCGAGGUGGUAACCAGAUUGUGGUCAAGAGGGAGAGUGUGAGCCUGGGAGAUACUGCAGCAGAAGCGGAUGGAACCUGGAAAUCCGCAGGAGUUUCCCCAGGUACCGCAUCGGGCAUCCCAGCUUCAGGCGUUGAGCCAGAGUCGCUUGGAAUGCUGAUAGAUGCGGGUGCAGGAAUACUGACAGAUGCUGCUGCUGCUGCAGGUGCCGCAGGUGGUGCAACUGGUGCUGCAGGUGGUGGAAGAGGUGGAAGAGGUGCAACUGGUGCAGGCGGUUUUUGGGAAGGUCCGGUUUUCCUUGGGUCGUCAGUGUACGAGUCAGCAGCAUUACAGCAAUUAUUAUUUCCGCCUGGGGAGUCGAAGCGAUCAGCGCCGAAAGCAGCAGCAUCCGAACCAGCAGAGGCGCUGCUUUCCUCUGCUGCUAUUUCACCAGGCAGCAGCAGCGCCUGGGGUGGUGGGGCAGGUGGUGGAGGGAGUGGUGGGAGUGGUGGGGGUGGUGGGGGUGGGUGGGGUGGUGGGGAUGCUUGGGAUGGUGGUGGUGAGGGUGGCACGGGUGGUGGGAAUGGUGGUACUUGGCUCCCUACCAAGCGCGUCCCCCUUUCGACCAACGCAAUCGGAAUGCUUCUUCCGGCCCACAGCAGCAGCACCACGUCGGCCUUCCCUCAUUCACAGCAGCAGCAGCAGCAGCAGCAGCAGCAGCAGCAGCAGCAGCAGAUGCUCUCAGCAGCCAUGGCAUACAGCCACACCGGCACCACCAACACCAGCACCAUCCCCACCACCACCAUCCCCACCAUCCCCACCAUCCCCACCAUCCCCACCAUCCCCACCCCCCCCACCCCCCCCACCACCAUCGCAACCAACACCAUUUCCACAACCAUCCCUACCACAAGUCCCAGGGCUCCUAGAAGCAGCGAAUGCAGCCUUCUCCAGAGACCAGCGCCCCCAGGGAGAUUCGGAGCAGUGAAGGAGGAGGAGACGACUUUUGAGUCGACUGAAAAGUCACCUCGUUACAACGCCACACGACAGGACCCCAGACGCAGCAUCCAGAGGCCAGCGGCCCCAGGGAGAUUCGGAGCGGUGAAGGAGGAGGAGGAUGGAGCAGGCACAGCAUUCGCAGCGGCAUCUGCAGGAAGGGAGGUGGAAUUGGGCCCUGGGGCCGCGACGCUGCGGUCUCGAUCUCUCCUAGAUCAGUACUUGGCGCGACAGCAGCACAGGCGGCAGCAGCAGCAGCAGCAGCAGUAUCAGCAGCAGCAGCAGGAGCAGCAGCAGCAGCAGUAUCAGCAGCAGUAUUUUGGGCUGCAAGGUUCGGGAGAGUGGAUGGAUUUUCAGGAGCAUAAGGUCCAGGAGCAACAGGAACGGAAGCUGAGCUUUGAGGAGGGGCAGGAAGGGGGAUUAAGCUCUCAAAACCAGCAGGAGAAUCCAGCUGGCAUAUCGCAGGCAGCUGGUCCAGCGGUUUGGGGGUCCUCAGGCGUAACCCUGCCUCUUCCCUCAUUUUUCCCGGCCUUGACUUCCGCCCCUGUCUUCUCUUCAAAUGCUCUCUCCUCCGGUAGCAUUCCUAACCUUGCCAUACCUGACGCUACCAAACCUGACCCUGCCAUACCUGACCCUGCCAUACCCGACCCUGCCAUACCUUCCCCUGCCAUACCUGACCCUGCCAUACCUACCCCUGCCAUACCUGAACCUGACAUAGCUGACCCUGACAUACCUGACCCUGUCUCCCACAUCCUCAGCCAGGUCACACCUUCCCCAGUCACCCGUCCCCAAGCUGCACCCUCACCCAUGCUAUCCUCCAUACUAGCAGCUUCAGACGCCGGCAUUCCUUCCGCUUCCAUUUCCUCCAUUUCUAUCCCUUCUGCUUCCCGACACCAUCCAUUCCUGGCUGGCGGCAACCUUCUUUCUCCCACCACCAACACCCAGUCCUUUCCCUCCACCUCUCCCCUGCUAUCUGUCCCCAAGCAUCCUUCCUCCCCUCCUACCAUUGCUGCUACUAUGCCUUCUAUUUCCCACUCACCUUGCCUCCCGUUCAAUCCCCCCACUACCCACCUCCCUCCGACCUUUUCCUUCCCUUCCGCAACCCUACCUGUUUCCUCGCCCCCCUGGCUCAACCAGCGCCAUAGCCCUAAUGCACCUCAUACCUGUAACCCCAAUCCGCCUCACCCCUGUAGCACCACAGCGACUGUGAGAGUGCAGAGAUCGCAGGAUCUAGGGGUCACAGAUGCUCCGCUGAGCUUGCUGCUGCAGGGGCAGCGGCAGCUGAAGCAGCAGCAGCAGCAGAAGGACCGGCAGCAGUGGCAGCUGCAGCAACAGCUACAGCAGCAGCAGCAGCAGCAGCAGCAGCAUCGAUGGGAUGCUUUUGUAGACGCUGCUCCUCUCACACAAUUGAUGCCGCUGUCCAUACAUGGCAUACAGGGGAUACAGCGCAUACAGGGCAUACAGAGCAUACAGGGCAUGCAGAGCAUACAGGGCAUACAGAGCAUACAGGGCAUACAGAGCAUACAGGGCAUGCAGAGCAUACAGGGCAUACAGAGCAUACAGGGCAUGCAGGGGAUACAGGGGUUACAGGGCAUGGAGGGGAUAAGGGGCAUGCAGGUCGAGGGUGAAAGCAUGGGCAUGGAGUGUCACCCGGUUCAUGAUCCACAGAAAGACGAAAGGCAAGGCUAAGCCACCUGGACUCUCUCUACCCUAAACCCUGCUCUCAGCCAUUCUCAUACUACCACCCCUUCUGACCCUCCUUUCAUGUUUUACCUCCACCACCUUGCAUGUUGUAUGGCUCCCAUCAUCAAGCUAAGUGAGCACACGGCGCCUGUAGCCCUUUGCUGCCACAGGAGGAGGCAUACGAUGAGGUACACUGACAAGCAUUAGGGAUGUGGUGGACGAAUUUUUUUGUCGCAGGGCUACAGCCGCCGUGCGAAACAUUAUUUUGGAGGGGCGAGACAUGCCUCCCCCCUUUUCUUUGGCCCUUCAGGUUCCCGUUUCCUGCUGCAGCAGAAUAUUAUUUAACAGCACUUCCACUACGUGCUAUUUCUGUUGGAAAUGCGUUCUUGUUUGUUGUAUCUGAUGCUGCGAUCAUGGGGGCGUGCCAUACGAUGCGCACUUCUACUCUCCAGACUUAUGCCUAUCUAGCACAUUCGCCACUACAUGUGAGCGAUAUUCAUUGGGCGGCUACAUUAAAUACACUUGAGUUGAUACCAGAAGGCUACAGCAGCUGUUUUUGACCUAACAUGGUUUGACUAACAUUUCAAUGAUACGGUAACAUUGUUUCUAACCUGAAUCUCAUCAGUAUAAUUUUAUAAUGUAAUUUGUGUAAUGACGCAUUACUGUACUCAACAUGG